CGGAAGUGGAGAAGCUGAAAGAAAGUAAAAUGUGUAGCACCGAUUUGCGUAUCUCAAGCUAGUGCCCCUGUCAGACGGCAGCUAACGGGAAUGACUAAGUCAUUAGAUCGAAGCCAGUCUCGCCAAUCUGCAGUACGAGAAUUACGUAUUCGACCAGCAAAUCGUCACAUCCCCUCUCAACCAAUCGCUUAGACAUUACCGGAUUACACUGCUCAUCGGUACCAAAGAACGACACAUUAACGAUUCUGGUAGAAUGACACCUAUCCCGCGCGCCGUACUCCUCAAGCGCUUCCGCGGCGCCAUCGCCGCCAAGCAGCCCAUUGUCGGCGCCGGCGCCGGCAUCGGUCUGUCUGCCAAAUUCGCCGAGGCCGGUGGCGCGGACCUGAUCAUCAUCUACAACUCGGGGCGGUUCCGAAUGGCGGGCCGCGGCUCGCUAGCGGGACUGAUGCCGUACGGCGACGCGAACGCCAUCGUCGUCGACAUGGCAAAAGAGGUACUUCCCAUCGUCAAGCACACCCCCGUGCUGGCUGGGGUGUGCGGCACCGACCCGUUCCGGGACAUGGGCGCGUUCCUGCGCCAGCUAAAGGACCUUGGAUUCAGUGGGGUCCAGAAUUUUCCUACUGUAGGCCUUAUCGAUGGUACCUUCCGUGCGAAUCUCGAGGAGACGGAGAUGGGGUAUGACCUCGAGGUCGAGAUGGUGCGACUCGCGGCUGAGAUGGAUCUGCUUACCUCGCCGUACGUGUUUAACGUUGACGAGGGCGUGGCGAUGACGGAGGCGGGGGCUGAUAUUAUCGUGGCUCAUAUGGGUCUUACGACGAGUCAAGGCAUCGGAGGGAAGACUGGAAAGUCCCUCGACGACUGUGUCAAGUUAAUUCAGGAAAUCAGAGAUGCGGCUGUGAAGAUUAGAGAAGACGUCAUUGUGCUGUGUCACGGCGGCCCUAUCGCUGAGGUCAAGGAUGCUGAAUAUGUCCUGUCACGGACGACAGGCGUGCAUGGGUUCUUCGGUGCUAGCAGUAUGGAAAGGAUACCAGUUGAGGCCGCCAUUACGGAUAACACGAAAAAGUUUAAGGAGAUUCAGAUAAAAAAUUGAGCGUCCCACAUACAUAGGAAUAAAAGAAGAAGGGAAAGAGAGAUAAGAGAUUAUUACAAUUAUUCUAAAUAGCUACUGUCUCUUCUCAUGUUCGUUACGCUCACAUCGAAGGUUUAGGAUAGGUAGCUUCCCUCCUGGAACACUGUUGUAUCAUCAAUCCCGGACGUUCUCUCUUCCGCCCGACCAGUUCACUUCGAGAAGCAAAGAAACAUCAGUUUCAGUUGAGGACCAGUAACUAAAAUAACUACAUGAU